CUCGGAUACUGCACCAAUAGGACUGUUCCCACCAUCUCGCAAUACCACGGCUGCCGGAGUCACAGUCGUCGCUUAGAACCCCGAGGAGCAACGUCGUGGAGACAAUCUACGGCUCAGCACCAGAACGCCUUUCGUGGAGACCUGAUCUGUCCCUGACCGCCGUCUUAUCACUUCCCCGCGGGGUCGGGUCAUGGACAUCACAAACAUCCUAAAUAGAAAAGGUUCUACCGCCAUGGUUGCCGCAGACACACCCUUCGAUCCAGCGCACCUGGUCCCGAACCCUGGUAUGGAUCAUUCGCCAAAGAUGAAGGCGGAGCCUGGCGCCGAGUCGACCGACCAGCAGGUUCUUUCGUACCCCCAUCAUGCUCAGCUGAGUCAAAUGCCGAGCAUGCAGCAAGAUUUGCGCUAUGCACCGCAGGCUCAUCCCAACCAAGGCUUGCCUCUUUUGCAAAACACCUUCAUUCCCGGAGCAUACGCUGGCGCUGGUCAACUACCAGCCAAUGUUCCUCAGGGACGGCCGGAUCCACCUCCAAAGACUUUCCACUGUGGAACUUGCAGCAAGGGAUUUGCUCGUCGUAGUGACCUUGCACGUCACGAGCGCAUCCACUCGGGCAUCAGACCCCACGCUUGUGAUUGGCCGGGGUGCGGUAAACAAUUUAUUCAGCGCUCGGCCCUGACCGUGCACGCUCGCGUCCACACUGGCGAAAAGCCACACAUGUGUGAAAGAUGCGGCAAGCCUUUUAGCGAUUCGUCGUCUCUUGCUAGGCAUCGCCGGAUCCACUCCGGAAAGCGUCCUUACAAGUGCCCCUAUGCGAAUUGCCAGAAGACGUUCACUCGCCGCACUACGCUGACACGGCAUCAAAAUCACCACACUGGUACCAUUGAAGAGGCCGCUGCUGAGACUGAAGCCAAUUUGAGGCAGAACAAGGAGCGGGCGAGAGUCUCAGGAGAUAUGUUCUCUGACCAUGGCUCGGUUCAUUCGACCCCUUCCCCAGCGCAUCAUCCUAUUUCGCCUGUUGGCGAUCUGCCUCCGCUAAAUAUGCCCCGCUCCGACUACUACAUGACCAACGGUUCCAUCCCGCCUCAUGUCCGAGGUGGCUUCCCUCAGGUUAGCCCUCGAGCUUCUCCCACGGCCACGUCGCCCUCCUUGUCAAGCUAUGGCAGUGCUCCGCAUGUUCGACCUUCAAUGACUUCGCAUCCUUCGGGCUAUGGGCCCCCUCAACCUCUUGAGCCGCCUGCCAACAACGAUCACCGGCCCAACAGCGUCAGUGGUAGCCCGCAUAUGACUAGCUUGGGCUGGGCUUCUCCGUCUCAUUCCAGCAUCCCUUCCCCCGGCUCUGCUACCGACUUUGGUUAUCCUGAGCCGAGCGGUGCGGCGUAUGCGAGCUCUAUGCCUCCCCACAUGUACUUCCCCAGCUCGACCAUCAGACGACCCGCCAGCACCGAACCGGACAACUAUGAAAUGAAGCCUAGACUGGGUGACAGCGCAUGGUCUACUCCGGUUUAGUGUGGCAGUCAACUGGGUUGCUUCAACAAACGGCAGGGCCGUAUGUUUGAAGCAUUCAAAUGACUGGAAGCCAUUGAGUUCUCUAGAGGGAUGACUUGCACACCUUACCACCGGUGGAGUCAAACAUCCAAGUUUGCUUUCCUAUUUCCUUUGUUACAUUUCCUUUGUUGCGUCGAUGAAUUUCCUAGCAUUUCCCACAUUGUCACUCAUCUUUCACAUCAUCAUCAUCAUCAUCAUCAUCAUCCUGGCAUCUGUUUGUUUCUGUUGAUA